AUGAAACUCACUUUCACGCACUGCAGCAUCACCGUAAACCAGAGGAGCGUUGCUGAGAACGAGCGAGAGCAGGCCGUCCAGCUGUGGCUGCUGGUGGGAUUGAAUGCUCCCUCCCCGCAGCAGGGAGGAUAUUUGCCACCUGGGAUCUCCCCGAGGCAGCUGGCUGGCCGGCCGGCUGAAGGCGGUCGUUCCUGUUGGUCCGGCAGACAGGGGUAUGAGCACGCCUGCACCUCUUCAGCUGACGGGCCUUUUAUUCUCGGCGACAGGUUCCCCUGCCCCACCUCCUCUCAGGUGCUGAGACUCUGCCAAGAAGCCUUGACAGGACAGAGAAAAAGUGAUUUUGGCCGCGUAAGAAACGAGGAGGAGGCGCCUCUGGCGUUGAAGCAGAACCCCUUUCGAUGGAUUCUUCAUGUUUGCUUCAGCCUCAGUGGAGACAGCCUGCUCCGAACACUUGCAAGCCGUGACAGCAAGGUUGAACAUGAGAGCGUCGCCUCUGCUUCAGGCAUCUCGCACUCCCCCGUCACGCUGCCACAGCUUUCACUUCCUCCAGUCAAAGGUCAUGGGGUCAGCGGCCCUGCCGAGGGUCAGGUGCUGCUGUGGGUGCUCCUCUCUCUGCUGCCUCUAGUGGAAGGAGCUCAUAUGAAAGCUGGCUUUGCCGGUGUGGCAUCAGACUCGGGUCAUGCUGUGGGCCUGCUGGGAGACCAGGAGGAGCGGGAGCUUCCUGUGACGCUGCCAGAGGUGGUGGAGGACGAGGAGCAGGAAGAUGACAGUGACCCUUACUCCACUUGGCAUGCUCUAUACGACCCCUUUGUAAUAGAUGAGGUGGAUGACCAUCCCAGUAGUCGCUGGGCGGGACGCUCUCCACGCUCCUCUGACCCCUCAGAACCUCAACCCAAGGGAUCACCAAAGAAAAAGAAGAAGAGGAAGAAGAAAGAAAGGGAGGAAGAGGAAGAGACCGGAAGAGGAGAUAGAAAGGGUAAAGGUAGAAACAGGCAGCCGAUACAGAGCAGCAGGGACUGCCGCGUGGAGAAGAGAGAGAUAAAGGUUCGGGACCUGGGCUUGGGGUUUGACUCGGAUGAGAUUGUCCUCUUUAAGUUUUGUGUGGGCUCCUGCCAGCCCUUGAGAACAAACUAUGACCUGGCACUGAAGGUACUGCUGAAGAACGGCUCGCUUCCUCGGCGCACCGCCCGCAAGAUCAGCAGCCACCCCUGCUGCCGGCCCGACCGGUACGAGCCAGUUUCCUUCAUGGACGCCGAGACCACGUGGAGGACCAUCCAGUCGUUAUCAGCCGCCAGCUGCAUGUGUAUGGGCUGAAGAAAUUAUGACCCAUCCUGAACAGAAAGGAGUCAAGAGGCUCAGUGUGAGGAAGGCCUGGGGACAGGGCAGAGCCAGGGGGGGGCGCUGUAAGACACAUACACAACAGAGGAAGUGAUGGAGGCCACUUUCUGUGGUGUAUUUCCUGUUGAGGAGGAAGAGGUCCGGGCGCAGCUGGACGAAUGAGGUCAGAAUCUGAGGGGGAAGUCAUCGGGGAUUCACAGUCUGGAUUUAUUGUUGUGUCUUCAAAGAGUGAAUUGUUUUCAACUGAAUAACUGGUGACUAAUGCAGGACACUCCAGACCAGUUAUACAUACAUAAAAGAAAGACUCUAUAUGUGAACAGGACUGUUUUGCUUUAAUAUGGGCAAGACCUGAAGGCUGAAACAAACAAAGAAAGGACUGACACUGUGUUUAUAUUCUAAUUCAGACUAAAGACUGAUUUGAUGUUCAUGAUUAUUCACAUGAAGCAGCUUCUCACACAAGCAAUAUCAUUUUCAUUCAUCACAUAAAAACAGGCAUUUCUUUGUUUUCUAUUUUCAGGUGAACUCAGACAAAUGGAUGCCAUGCAUCUUCAUGUAUUACUGUAUACAAGUAAAAUAUAUUUAUUACUGAUAAAUUAUUUAUUUAUUAUAGCUUGAUAUGAAAGCUGUUUUUAUUAACUCUAUAUUGUAGAUAAAUAUCUAUUUAUUGCCAAGAUUCAGUUUUCAUGUUGAC